CCAUGGAGCGGGUGAACGACGCUUCCUGCGGCCCGUCGGGCUGCUACACUUACCAGGUGAGCCGGCACAGCACGGAGAUGCUGCACAACUUGAACCAGCAGCGCAAGAACGGCGGGCGCUUCUGCGACGUGCUCUUGCGGGUGGGCGACGAGAGCUUCCCCGCGCACCGCGCCGUGCUGGCCGCCUGCAGCGAGUACUUCGAGUCCGUGUUCAGCGCCCAGUUGGGCGACGGUGGAGCCGGCGAUGGGGGUCCCGCUGACGUGGGUGGCGCGGCGGCAGCCCCUGGCGGCGGGGCUGGGGGCAGCCGGGAGUUGGAGAUGCACACCAUCAGCUCCAAGGUAUUCGGCGAUAUCCUGGACUUCGCCUACACUUCCCGCAUCGUGGUGCGCCUGGAGAGCUUCCCCGAGCUGAUGACGGCCGCCAAGUUCCUGCUGAUGAGGUCGGUCAUUGAGAUCUGCCAGGAGGUCAUCAAGCAGUCGAACGUGCAGAUCCUGGUGCCCCCUGCCCGGGCCGACAUCAUGCUCUUCCGCCCCCCUGGGACCUCGGACUUGGGCUUUCCUUUGGACAUGACCAACGGGGCGGCCUUAGCUGCCAACAGCAAUGGCAUUGCGGGCAGCAUGCAACCUGAGGAGGAGGCGGCCAGGGCGGCUGGCGCAGCCAUCGCCAGCCAAGCCUCCCUGCCUGUACUACCUGGGGUGGACCGCUUGCCCAUGGUGGCCGGACCCCUGUCCCCCCAGCUAUUGGCCUCCCCGUUCCCCAAUGUGGCAUCCAGUGCUCCUCCACUGACUGGCAAGCGAGGCCGGGGCCGCCCGAGGAAGGCCAACCUGCUGGACUCUAUGUUUGGGUCCCCAGGGGGCCUGAGGGAGGCGGGCAUCCUCCCCUGCGGGCUGUGCGGGAAGGUGUUCACAGAUGCCAACCGGCUCCGGCAGCACGAGGCCCAGCACGGGGUCACCAGCCUCCAGCUGGGCUAUAUCGACCUCCCUCCUCCGCGGCUGGGUGAGAACGGGCUGCCCAUCUCUGAGGACCCUGACGGCCCCCGCAAGAGGAGCCGGACGAGAAAGCAGGUGGCUUGCGAUAUCUGUGGCAAGAUCUUCCGCGAUGUGUACCAUCUCAACCGGCACAAGCUCUCCCACUCUGGGGAGAAGCCCUACUCCUGCCCCGUGUGCGGGCUUCGCUUCAAGAGGAAAGACCGCAUGUCUUACCACGUGCGGUCCCACGAUGGCUCCGUGGGCAAGCCCUACAUCUGCCAGAGCUGUGGCAAAGGCUUCUCCAGGCCCGAUCACUUGAACGGACAUAUCAAGCAGGUGCACACCUCUGAGCGGCCUCACAAGUGUCAGACCUGCAAUGCUUCUUUUGCCACCCGAGACCGUCUGCGCUCCCACCUGGCCUGUCACGAAGACAAGGUGCCCUGCCAGGUGUGUGGGAAGUACCUGCGGGCAGCUUACAUGGCCGACCACCUGAAGAAGCACAGUGAGGGGCCCAGCAACUUCUGCAGUAUCUGUAACCGAGGUUUCUCCUCUGCCUCCUACUUAAAGGUCCAUGUUAAAACCCACCACGGUGUUCCCCUUCCCCAGGUCUCCAGGCACCAGGAGCCCAUCCCGAAUGGGGGAGCAGCGUUCCACUGCGCCAGGACCUAUGGCAACAAAGAAGGCCAGAAAUGCUCCCAUCAGGAUCCGAUUGAGAGCUCCGACUCCUAUGGUGACCUGUCCGAUGCCAGUGACCUGAAGACGCCGGAGAAGCAGAGUGCCAAUGGCUCCUUCUCCUGUGAGAUGGCAGUCCCCAAAAACAAAAUGGAGUCCGACGGGGAGAAGAAGUACCCGUGCCCGGAAUGUGGGAGCUUCUUCCGUUCUAAAUCCUACUUGAACAAACACAUCCAGAAGGUGCAUGUCCGAGCUCUCGGGGGCCCACUGGGGGACCUGGGCCCCGCCCUCAGCUCACCUUUCUCCCCUCAGCAGAACAUGUCUCUCCUUGAGUCCUUUGGGUUUCAGAUAGUGCAGUCGGCGUUUGCAUCAUCUUUAGUGGAUCCAGAGGUUGACCAGCAGCCCAUGGGGCCUGAGGGGAAGUGAGGCAGAUGUUGGGUCCCCAUGGGAAUGGCCCUAGGGCCUGCUGAGAAAUGCUGUGAAUGCGGAGGGAGAAGUGUUUUUGGGUUCUGUAGCUGAGAGAUUUUUAUUCGUUUUUUAACCUACCCACCCAACCCUAGCUCCAUCUCCCCUCUCUACCACCCGUCCCUCCAAUGGCCUUUAGAACUAGAUUUUCAUCUGAUACUUGGCAGAAAUGUCUGUGAGACCCGGUGGUUGGAGGUGAGGGGAGGACAAGGGCAGACAACACUACAUGAUGCGCCUUCCUGGCAACAUCAGUCCCACUUUCUCUGAGGUGGAAGCUGGAAUUCCUGGUGCUCAAUUUUUAGUGAUUUCCAAGCCCAUUCCUCCACCCCAACCCCAGCUCCAGAAGGCGCAUUCUGGGACCUCAGUGACUUUUUUGGUCCCUUCCCACCCUCUUUGAUUCAUCAUUCCCAUUCCCAUAUCCUUCACAAGAAACCACCACAGGAGGGUCUCUGCCCACUCAUACCUUGAUGCCCAGCUGUUUUUAAAGAAGCCAGAAGCCUACAGCAUCUCACGGACCAUGGGGUGAAUGUCCUCCAAGAGCCCUUCUGAGCUUAGCCCUUGGCCUUGAGGGCCCAACCCCUCCUGAGCCCGGCUUGGUGGCCACAAUUUUGCUGCUAGGACAAGCUCAGUUUUGAGGACACAGACACCCCCGUCACCCCAAAAUUCCAGUUCUUACAAGAUAUCUUAACCAUUUCAACUUGCUGUUGGGUUUUAAUUCUCUAAUUAUUAUUAUUAUUAUUAUUAUUGUUAUUAUUUUUUAGGACCAGUUGUAGUGAAUUGCUACUGAAAGCUAUCCCAGGUGAUACAGAGCUCUUUGUAAACCGCAGACACACGUUAGGGUUAGUAUUAAACCUUGUUUAGAUGUACCAUAAUUAACUCGGCUAGUCGAUUGUUUGAAGUCUAUGGAAGAAAUAGUUUUAUGCAAAGUUUAAAAGAAUGCCAGUCUGGUCAGGGAGGUAGGUAGAGCAUUCCAGUGAUGUUGGAAGCCAAGAAGGCAUGAGAGCCAGUCAGUAAGGAUGUUGUAUAACUGGGCUGUGUCAACAUAGGAGUGAGCCCGGGUUGAUCCUGUCGUGUGAAUUGGUCUGAUCAGACUGUAUUAAAAGCGUUAGUACGUUA